AGCCUCCUGUGGAGCCACCCGGUGUUGUACAGUAGGCAUGUGUUGCUCAGGAUAAAGACAAGUAGGAGACCGGACUGGGACCGACACGCACGGACAAUCGAGUCACCACUAAAUUACGCACAAAGUUUCGCAGCGCGGGUAGCUGAUCAACCACCCCAACUGCUUAGAACUAGAAUUUCUGUUAUACCCCAGUUGUCUCAGUAGUGACAUUUCCACGGAACAUGCUUCUACAUCAGUUCGUCAACGGCGCGCAUGAAGUUAUGCACCCAACAGCAAUCCAGAAAGACACUACCUUUACGAAAAUCUUUGUUGGUGGGUUGCCUUACCACACUAACGAUGCCUCCCUCAGAAAGUAUUUCGAGGCAUUCGGCGACAUUGAUGAGGCUGUGGUGAUAACGGACAGGCAGACGGGCAAAUCAAGAGGAUACGGCUUUGUGACCAUGACAGACCGAGGGGCGGCAGAGCGUGCCUGCAAAGACCCCAACCCCAUCAUCGACGGGCGCAAGGCCAACGUCAACCUCGCCUACCUUGGGGCCAAGCCGCGCAGCGUACAGACAGGUCUCUCCAUUGGUGUGCAGCCAAUUCACCCCGCACUAAUCCAGCGGCAAUACGGGCUGGCCCAGCACUACGUGUACCCUCAGGCCUACAUGCAGCCCAGCCUGGUGGUGCCGUCCCAGGUAGCCUCCUCGGUGGCGCCCCACCAACAGUACCUGGACCAGUACUCCGCCGCCUACGCCCAGUACGCCCAGGCGGCUUUCGAGCAGUACCCGUACGCUGCUUCGCCAGGCUUCGUGGGCUACACCUACGCCACCAGCCCCACCUCCUCCGCCUCCGUCUCGGGAUCAUCCUCCGCAGCCAACCCGGCCAACUCUGCUGCCGCCGCCGCUGCUGCCGCCGCCCUCCACCAGGGGCUGUCUGCCUCCACCCAGGCUGGGCACCAUCACCACCCCCACCACGCGGCCACGGCAGCAGCCUUCAUCCAGUACGCCCCACAGCAGCACGUGCAGCCGGACCGCAUGCAGUGAGCCACGGAGCGCGUGGACCACCAUCUGACCGCCCACUCACCCGACCGGUUGGCCGUCCACACAACUCUGCCACUGGUACCCUCUCCCCCCCCAACAAGCACACAUCACAAGUCACGGGGGACAUGGGAGAGGGAGAGAGGGGCGGAUGGGUGGGUGUUGCUCCAUCAGUGUGCGGGGUUGUUGUGGCGUAUGAUGGGUGGAUGAACGGACAUUUGCACUACAACAUCAGGACGAAGCCCCAUCAGAGUUGGCCUAUGGCUACCACCAUUGGCCACCACUCACACCAACACCGACAUGUCUCUUGCUCAAAAAGGGCUUCUAAAUAAGGAAAAGGAAAAAGAAAAAAAAACUCACCCCCAAGCCCCUUUUCAUUGCUAUUAUAUUAUUAUAAUUAUUAUUAUCAUUUAUUAUUAUGUUGAAUUAUCAUUGUUGUCAGUCCAAGGUAAUCUUUAUUGUAUUAAUGUCUCUUUACAUGUUUAGUAUCAAAUAUCGAAAUGUUCUACUUGUUUCUUUUUUUUUACCCCGCGGAUGUAAUUUUUCAAACAAUGUGAACCUCGUGUGUUGGUUGGAUGAGGGUGGAUGGAUCCUCUAGCCCUAAAUCUGUUCUACAGUUGGGUUCCAGCCAGCGAGAUCCCUCAAAACCCAGACACACAAGAACACAACACAACACUCCCCUCUUCAUACAGAAAAAAACCCCGCAGCCCUGUCAGCUGUUGUAUGGGGGCGUUUUAGACACUGCAAGAAAGAAGGAAGGAAGGAGAGAGAAGGGGAGGGAAAGAAAGAGAGGGAGAGGGAGAACAGGUGCUGGGUGUGCUGCCUGCUCAACCCAAAUGCUUGCAGCACUACUGCGACCCACGUUCACAGCACACCAGGGAAGAGCGUCCGUUCCUCUCGUACUACUACCGCUUCACGGACACUCUUAGGAACCAAUAGGAACACCCUGUUUUCAUUUUAAUUUUCACCAACACACACUCACACACAAGCGCUCUAGCAGUCCUGUACACACAAACAUACACACAAGCACUCUUCUUACUCUCUUUUUUUACACUAUUCUGCUUCUACAUGGUCUCUGUAUUUCUCCUUGCGCUCACUGGAUAUUUUACUGAGGACAAAAGAAUAUCUAAUACACAGCGACUUCUAGAACAAGAACUUGAUGUUGAGUAUAUCCACAUGACACCAGACUGACUACCUUUUUUAACAGACAAGUGGCCUUAAAAAUGAAACUCCUUUUUUGAAAAUGUUGUUCUUCCUUUUUUUUAAGAAAAAAAAAAACGAUGCUUAUUUUAAAACGAGCUUUCUCCUUUUUCUCACUAACCUAAUAUUUAUGUUGGAACGCAUUUUGUUUCCUCAUUCUUUUUUGUCUCUAUCUUCUAUUUUUACGUAUCUGAGUUGGAUGUAGAUGACCUCAGUGCGACUUUGAACACAGGGAUGACGGGUGAAGACCCAGAAGCAUAUUAUGGGAUUAACACGUUUUAGGUAGCCGACACUGAGAUACCUGUGUAUUUUGUAAAACUGUUAAUCCAAAAUGAUUGUGAACAUUUUUGUUUUUCUUCCUUGAAAAGGACAUUCGUGUACAGCAUUGCAGCAUUGUUGAGAUGUUGCCACGUGUAAGUGCGUCAAGCAGUAUUUAUGUUUAUUUAAGGAAAAGAAAACUGUGGAUUGUGUUUUUCUUUCUUUUAAAAAAAAUAAUCUAAACCUUUUUUUGCAGGUACGUAGACUGCAUUAAAUAUUGCCUUAAGGCAUCAGUGUAUAUCCAAAUCAAUGGAUCUCAACACACAAACACACACACACACACACACACAUCCCCCAUUCUCACAUCCUUUUUCAAGUAGAUUUUUUUUCGUUAUUGUUAUUCUGCUGCAACAUUUUUGAACUUUUUGUACUUUUUAUUUGUCCCGGAGUCUACCUGUACUGAUGUGCAUGUAUACCUAAGCAGGAGGAAGUCGUUUGAAAAGUCUCUAGAGGCUCACAAGGAUCUUUUGCAGAAGAACGAACGCGUUGGUAGCAUAAAUUUCAGCAUCUGUGAAUAAGCCAUACCAAGAAAAUCUUGGAAAUAAAGAAUUUGUGUAUAAUAAACAGUUGCUGUUGGCUUU